UGUCAAAUUGCGGAAAUGUAAACAAACUUGUUUGUGCGUGAUUGUUGUUCCGAGAUCUGCUGGGUUCGAGCCGUUCAUCCAUUGUCCUUGUACCAGAUACAUGCAGCUUGAGCAGCUGCUAUUUCGUCGACUGCUGCGAACGAUCGCAACGAUGCCAUUCUACGCGGUUGCCAAAGGACGCCAAGUGGGCAUUUUCUCGACGUGGCCGGAAUGUCAGGCGCAAGUGAAUGGAUUUACCGGUGCUCGAUUUAAAAAGUUUCCCACACAGACAGAAGCGCAACAGUUCAUUACAACCAACUCCACCAGCGGUACAGGCAGUUGUACUGGAAGCGUUCUCACUGCAAACAAAAAGCCAGCAUUGAACUGGAAUGGUAAACGAAGUGCUUCUACCAGUUCGACGUUUGCAGCAGAUAGCAAGAAAGCGAAAAAGACUAUUCUACUCAAGGAAAUUCCAACUCCGGUACUCAAAUUGGUCACCUAUGGAGGACACAAGUUUUUGCAGGACGAUGAUGGAUUUGUGCACGUGUACACGGAUGGAUCGUGCGAGGGCAACGGAACAGCAAAAGCAGUCGCUGGUCUUGGGGUUUACUUUGACGAAGGACAUGCAUUAAACACUUCACGACCGGUAAGCGGACGGGCCACAAACAAUUGCGGCGAAAUACAGGCAGCCUCGUUAGCAAUUCGAACCGCCCGGGAGCACGGCAUUCAGCAGCUAACAAUUAACACCGAUUCAAAGUUUUUGAUCGAUUCUGUCACCAAGUGGAUGAUGGGAUGGAAAAAACGCAACUGGACACUGGCCAGCGGUGGUCCGGUAAAGAACAAGACUGACUUCAUGGAGCUCGAUAGUGAACUAAAGGCGGGAAAUAUGAAAAUCAAGUGGAACCACGUUGAUGCGCACUGUGGCAUAUUGGGUAACGAGCGUGCCGAUCAGCUGGCUCGCAAAGGAUCCGAAAUGUAUCGAAAUCAACGUCGAUAGAAUAGAAAUCGUGCAGGAGAUUUGUAUCGUUUUGAUCAGCAUGUUAAUUAAUUAAAUAAACUCCUUAACUAAAAAA